AUGCCACCAAAACACAGCUACACCACCCACUGCCGCCUCCGCCCCUUAUCCCCAUCCCCAGAUGACCAAGUCCCGGCGGCAAACCCCCAGUACUUCUACUCCUCCCCCAUCCCCAUCGACGACCCUUUAUCCGCCGCCGUUGGCACCAUCCCCGACGCCUCGAAUCCGAGCUCUGGGGUUCAAAACCUCCGUCCCUUUUCAGAGGGGGAUAACCUAUCCCUUGAGCGGGCUUGGCUGGGGUUUGCGAACGCAGAAUCGAAAGAGGAGCAUCAGAGGCUGGUGAGGAGGUGUAAGCUGGGGAGAAAGGUUGAUCAGGAGGGGGAGGUGAGGAGACGUCUCGAAGCACUUGUCGACCGCCUCGCCAAACUCCACAUUGACAAGCACAAGCGGGAAUCUGUCGCAUCAGCAAAGGAUGGGUUGCUCGGCCCGACGAGCAUGGUUGUUUUGACUGAGGAUGGUGGGGGAGAGGAGAAGGUGGUUUGCUGUCAGGAGUUGGAGAUUGAUGUUGCGGCGGAACUGAGAAAGGAGUUUUGUGGGUUGGUUAGGCGGAGGGUGGGCUGGUUGGGGCAGGAGAGGGUUGCUGAGGGGGUUAUGGCGGUGAUAAGCAAGAUACAAGGCGGGGGUGCGGAGGGGCAGGAACAAAACAAGAAGGGGGGAGGGGGGAGUAGUAGACCUGGGACGCCGGUGCCGCAGAUGGUUGUGGGGAGUGUACCCAGGGUGCCGGGGAUGUCGGGGAUUGGGGUUGGAGAGGAGUUGUUACGGGGACGGGGGUUGGUGGAUGGGAUGGGGGAGAGUGGGGUUGCUACGCCUGAUGAGAGGGAGAGGGAGAGGGAGAGGGGGACAGGGAGGAGGGGGGAGAGUACUGCUGGGACGAGGAUAGCUGGGAAGGGGGCUGUACCGCCGCCGGAGGAGGAUACGGCAGAGGUGCUGGUGGGGAUUCAGAGACUACAUAUGGUUUCGCUGCCGGUGUUGCAGAUGAAGCCGAUUUACUGGUCGCCGGUGAAUGAUAUUGCCGCGGUGGUGAGGGCGACGUGGUUUUACAGAGACACCAUGAUCCCCCUCCCUCCGCUGGUCGCCAACCAGCUCGAGGCCGGCUACCGCGAACUUCGACCCUGGACAGAGACCUGGUCUGACGAGCUCCGUUCUGCCCUCGACGUCGGGGCGGUAGGCGAAGAAAAGGUUACUCAUCGCCUCUGGCCUGAGCACCACAGUGAGAAGCAACGGUCGGCCAAGUCGAAAGAUGGACAACAUCUACCGCCUGAACCGCCUGUGUCAAGUGACCCGUUCUGUGCAGCGAGGUGCUUUAGUGGGGAGGCUGCUGCGGAGGGGAAGCUGGAACCUGUUCGCGAGGAGGCUGACACUGCCAUGCCGCCGCCAGAGCAGAGACAGUAUUCAAACCACCACGUUAUUUACAAGAAUGCCAAGGAGGCGUUUUUGCUCAAGCCGAGCCAGCAGCCCUCGGCGUAUUACUCCCGGAGACCGGUACAGAAGAUUAUGAAAGGGGUCACGGUUGGGGUGCCGGUUGUGAGAGGGUUUGAUAGGGCCGCGUGGGAGAAGGUUCAUGAGCCCAAGAAGCAGCAGCAGGUGAAGCCACAGCCGGUCAGACAGGAGCAGAGGGAAAACAACAGCGAGGAGGGUGUGUGUCAAGGCUGUCAAGAAGAGCUGCGAAAAGGCCAGGUGACCGACCUUGUCCUCAUCGCUCACGGAAUCGGCCAAAAAUUCGCGGAAAGGGUGGAAAGCUUCCAUUUCACGCACGCGGUGAAUGCCUUUCGAAGAAUGGUCAGUGUCGAGCUGGAGACUCCCGCCGUCAAGUCGGUCUUGCGGCCGGAACAGAACGGGAUUAUGGUUUUGCCAGUAAACUGGAGACAUUUGCUCAGCUUUGAAGACGGGGGGCCAACGACGGGGAACGAGGAGGAUAAAGCGGCUUACGCUCCGGAUGGGUUCGGCCUCAAGGAUAUUGAACCGGGUACGAUACCGGCCGUGAGGAGCAUGAUUUCGGAUGUGAUGUUUGAUAUACCCUUCUACAUGUCGCAUCAUAAACCAAAGAUGAUCGCGGCGCUGGUGGGGGAGGCGAACAGGGUUUAUAGGCUUUGGUGUGGGAAUAACCCGGGGUUUGAGGAAAAGGGGAGGGUGCAUUUGAUUGGGCAUUCGCUGGGAAGUGCGAUGGCUGUGGAAGUGUUGAGCAAACAGCCUACCAGGGUGCCGAGGCCGCUUGGGCAGGUGCCGAAUACAAAGCACUUUGAGUUUGAUACGGUUAAUUUGUUCUUGUUGGGGAGCCCGGCGGCGUUCUUCUUGCUGUUGGAACGAGGGGGGUUGGUGCCGAGGCGGGGGAGGAUGAAGCCAGGCGCCGAGGCGGCGGAUACAGUUGCGAAGGAUGUGGUGGGGGAGUUGGGUAUGUUUGGGUGCAUUGCGGUGGAUAAUAUCUAUAAUAUUUUGGCAAAGGAGGAUCCGAUUGCGUAUUUGCUGAACGGGACGGUCGACCCGGUGUAUGCGGCGAGUUUGAAGACGGCGUACGUGCCGAGUUUGAAGACGGGGUGGUUUAAGGGGGUGGGGGAUGCGUUCAGGGGGGUUGUUGGGGUGGGUGGUUCGUCAUCGUUGGAGAGUGAGGUUGGUGGUGCUGUUGGUGGGACGGAGCAACAGAAGAAGCCGUCGAUGAUGAUGAGGUUGCCAUCGCAGUUGGAGCUGGAGGUGCAUGAUUUUACGAGGGAGGAUGUGGCGGAGAAGAAGGCGUUUCUGCUCAAUGAUAAUGGGCAGAUUGAUUAUUAUUUGAGGAGUGGAGGGGGGCCAUUGGAGAUUCAGUAUUUGAACAUGCUGAGUGCUCAUACGAGUUAUUGGACGAAUCUAGACUUGAUUCGGUUUUUGUGUAUUGAGGUGGGGAGGAGGCCGGGGAGGAAGAACACGCUGCCGGCGAUGAGGGCUGUGAAGGUCAAGGGACGGUUUGGGGGGGUGGCGGUUGGUGGUUCGGGAUGAGAUGGAGGGUCUGGACCUUACUUUGUUUGGACUUGUACUGUAUUUGAUAGCGACGGCGUUUAGGAGCGAGACGGAUAUACUUGGUCAAGGUAGACAGACAGGUAGACAACAGCGCGUUGUUCAUUUGAUUGGU